AUGGCCACUCCACAAGAGCCAACGUUUGAGGUGGACACAGAGCGCCUCGAGCACGAUGCUGCUAAGAAGAGAUCGCUAAAGUACGAAUUCGUUACCGAAAAGUCCCCCGGCACCUGGAUAGUCAGCCGCAAGAGAGAUCGUUUCGAGUUUCUAGCACGUGAUGAGACAGACUUACUCCAAGAUGCAGUCGGUCAGUUGACCCCGUUCGGACAUGUAUUAAGCCCAGACGAACAUGAUAUGAAUAUCAUGGAGCCAAUCAUGCGCAUCUUCAACCACGAGAAUCUCAUCAAUUUUGUUGAUUGGAUUCAAAUACAAACCACCGAGACUGCAACAAUCUCGGGAGGUCCACCACGGCAAUUUUUCAUCUGGGACUUCUGUAACGCUGGCACUCUGGAAAACUUGUUCUUUGCGGAGAGACAUACGUCCAGAUCGAGUCUGCACGACGACCAGCUUCAGAGAGAAGCCGCGGACGGCCUCCCAUCCUCCCAGAGGGAGUGGACAGGGUUCUUGCCAGAAGCUUUCUGUUGGCACGUAGUCGUCUCUGUGCUGAGAGCCUUGGCCUGGCUGCACCAUGGUCUAAGGGAGGAUUGGGACUGCACUCGGAACGCCUGGGUGGUCAAGGGUGCGAACAUUGACUGGCAUACCAUCCUACAUCGGAAUAUCCGACCCGAUAAUAUCUUCUUCUGUCAUCCCCAGACCAAGUUCGAGACCUAUGGACUGUGCAAGCUGGCCAACUUCAGCAACGCCUUUGUCUCCGGGGUCUUCAAUGGUGUCCUGGACGUAGUCCCACCAGCCUCGACUCAAAAAGUGCUUGCUCCUCCUAGCCAGACGGGCAAGCAGAGUUCCUAUGCAGAACUCCGGGACUUGGACUCUCAUCAAGACACUACCUCCGGAUAUGCCGAUGCGAUCUACACAAUUACGAGCGAGUAUCGUGCACUAGCAGACGUGAUCGUUGCCAUGAUGAUUCCACCAGAAACCCACAGCGAGGCAUUGCGACACUUUACAUAUACCAAAACUCUACCUGAGCAGCAGUGGCAGCGGCAACUCGCGGACGCGCCGUACACCAAGGUGCUCAAGAACUUUGUUCACGAGCUCUAUAGGAUUGAAGAGCCUCGUGCUAACAAUACAAGUGUAAUCACGGCUGCUGACCAGCACAACACGUUCGAGCGGGACAAGACCUUCACACUUUACAGAAAGGCCAGGGAUCUCUACGAUAAGUUCCGCAUCGUCAAGGACGAGGGCAAGGACGUCGUGACGGCUGAUCAUGUUCGGGGGAUACAGGAUAGACGAGACAGGGAGGCUGAGGCCAAGCACGCGAGACAGGAGCAGCGCAAGAAGGACUUACUCGAGCAUUUCAAGACUAGCAAUCGCUUCAACGACGAUGCCGAGGAACCAACGAGUAUGGACUUGCUCUUGCAGGAGAUCAGCGAGGUGGUUGACGAAGUAAGAAACACGACUGCUGAAACUCACUUUCGCCCAGGAAUGGUGCAUUGA